AGCAAACGUCCUCUGCUCCGACGCUGCAUUAGUCAGUCCCAUCGCACCGUACUUUUUCCCCUUCUCUUCCUCCCACAAGCGCAAAGGCAACCGGCAGAAGGGAGAGAGCAGGGCAUAAUGGCGGUGUUUAAGAGACGGGCGUGCGCGGCCGCUGCUGCGACGGUUCUGGUUCUUGUGGUGAUCGGGGCGGUGGCCGGAGCUCUGAGCUCGUCUCGGCAGAGGAGCUCGGGACAAGAGAAAGAGGAGAUGCAGAGCUUGAGCUACUCGACAAUGGCGGCGAGCUGGGAAAGGGCUGGUCACUUGAACGAGCAUGUGGUGGAUGACCCGGAAGAGGUGGCUUCCAUGGUUGAAAUGAGCACGCGCAACAGCACCGAGAGAAGGAAAUUGGGAUUUUUCUCCUGUGCAACGGGGAAUCCCAUCGACGAUUGUUGGCGGUGCGACCCCAACUGGCACAAGAACCGGAAGCGCCUUGCGGACUGUGGGAUCGGCUUCGGGCGCAAUGCCAUUGGUGGAAGGGAUGGCCGGUUCUAUGUAGUGACCGACCCGAGGGAUGAUGACCCCGUAAACCCGAAGCCUGGGACUCUUCGCCAUGCUGUCAUCCAGGACCAGCCCCUGUGGAUCGUGUUCAAGCGCGACAUGGUGAUCCAACUGAAGCAGGAGCUGAUCAUGAACAGCUUCAAGACCAUCGAUGGGCGGGGGGUCAACGUCCACAUCGCCAAUGGAGGAUGCAUCACGAUCCAGUUCGUUACCAAUGUUAUAAUCCACGGACUUCAUAUCCAUGACUGCAAGCCCACGGGCAAUGCCAUGGUUAGGAGCUCCCCGAGCCACUUCGGUUGGAGGACUAUGGCUGAUGGAGAUGCCAUAUCUAUCUUCGGGUCGAGCCACAUCUGGGUGGACCACAACUCCCUGUCCCACUGUGCUGAUGGGCUGGUCGAUGCUGUCAUGGGCUCCACUGCCAUUACCAUCUCCAAUAACCACUUCACACACCAUAAUGAGGUGAUGCUAUUAGGUCAUAGCGAUUCUUAUACAAGGGACAAGGGAAUGCAAGUGACCAUUGCUUACAACCAUUUCGGAGAAGGAUUGAUUCAGCGGAUGCCGAGGUGCAGGCAUGGUUACUUCCAUGUGGUGAACAACGACUACACUCACUGGGAAAUGUAUGCCAUCGGUGGAAGUGCGAAUCCCACCAUCAACAGCCAGGGCAACCGAUAUGCUGCUCCGACCAACCCCUUUGCUAAGGAGGUGACAAAGCGGGUUGAUACAGCGGACAACGAGUGGAAGGGCUGGAACUGGAGGUCAGAGGGUGAUCUGCUGCUAAACGGUGCAUACUUCACUCCGUCAGGGGCUGGGGCAUCAGCAAACUAUGCCCGCGCUUCGAGCUUGGGGGCCAAGUCAUCCUCUAUGGUCGGUGCCAUCACUUCUACUGCUGGUGUUCUUCCGUGCCGCCGUGGCCAUCAGUGCUAGUCCUCGUCUUCAUCCCCUCCAAAACCUUUUCUUUCUUUUUCCCCCUUUUUUUUCGAUAUAGCACCUCCUUUAAAAAAGCAUAGCCCCCCAACUUUCAUUCUGCAUUUUGCUUGCUUGCGUUUUCCCCCUUUCUUGAUUCUUACUAAUAUAUGUUUUACUGGCUAUCCUACACCCACCAUAUUUCUCAUAUCCACAUUCCCAGACCACUUCACACCCACAACAUAUAUCUUGACAACGUGUACAAAAAUUCUACACAUUGUCAUUGUUAUCGCCCCGGUCACCCAUUCCUCGUCCGUGCCAUUGUGUCUUUCCAACCUCGGCCUUCUCCGAUUGAAGAAAACAGUUGCCAUAUCCGGAGCAGGUGCGGAAGCGUUGUUGAUUUCUUCCUUUAUAAUUUUUCACAUUUCUUUUUUCCCCCAAAUUUUCAGCCCUAAAGAUUGUCAUCUCCCUUACGGAACAUCAUCAGUUAAACACAGGCUGUCCAUUUUUUUGUGUCUCCAUUCGCAAGUGUAAGUCUUGAUCGGGGGCGAUCUGCAUAUCCUUUCGCCUUUUUGGUCCUGUCUGGAAGAGGAGGGAGGAUUUGAAAGAUUUUCUGUUUCUAAAGUAUUAUCAUUAUUAUCUUUUUAUUUUAUAGUUUUAUUUUAAGUUUUAGCUUUUGCCCAGACAUACAAGCAAAUUACUAUGGGUAUGGACGUCAUUCACAAGAAACGAAGUUAAAUGAAUUAACAUAAACGAAGUUAAGCUUUCAA